AUGGUCGACUGGCUCAGUCUCGCUGUGCCUCUGGCCUAUCUUGGCGUCCUGCUAGGCUCCCUGGCAACCUUCUCUUCGCUUUACCGCAAGCGCAAGGCUAGAAAAGCAGCCUCCCUGGAGCCAUGGUUCCCCGCCCACCUGCAACGCGAUAUCUACUUCUCUCUGCUCCAUCUGGAACCCUCGUCUACCUCAAAGGAGAAGAAGGCCCCCGCUGUUCCGGACUCUGUCCUGAAAGCUGCUCUUCUCCGUCGCGCCACGGAAGACAUCCGUCGCGUUCUGGCGCUCCGGAGCCAGAAGCAGGCUCUGGCUAUGCUCCUCCAGCGUGGGAGUGUAGGCGAUGAUCUCUGGCAGCGAUUCCAGCGCGCCGAGAAGGAGAUGGAGGAUGAAGUGCGCGAUGUGGUGUCGGAGGCAAACGCCUACACCCCUAACUGGGGCCAAACCAUCUUUCAAUCCGCCAACGAAAUGCUGAACAAUGACAUCUACCGUAAGCGUAUCGAAGAGCACCAGUCCAAGCUGGCCGAGGAGCGCCAGUGGUGGGACAAGAAGAAGGCAAGCAUCCAGGAGGGGUUUAUGAAGGAGUUGGAUGAGGGCUCGUCUGGGACCACCGGUAAUGGUGCUGCGCAGACUGCGACCACCACCAAGACUUUCGAGACGGCGACCUCGCUCCCGGCAUCCUCGGUUCAGGGGAGUGAUGACGACGCGGUGCUGGUUGAGGCCGACCCGUCGGCCAGUCAACCCGCACCCACGCCAGCUACUCCUAGUGGCGGUGGAGGUGGGAAGAAGAAGAAGGGCAAGGGGAAGAAAUAA